AAUUGAAACUGAUUGAUGAUUCUUGCUGUAAAAUUUAAUUUACGCUAUUUUCAAUUUUCUAUUUAUAUCCUCAAACUAACAAAACAUUUAUGCAGUCAGACGAUGAAAACUGUGCGUUGCAUACAUGCUUCGACUUCCUGAAAACCGCAGUCAUGGGGUGCUGCUAUAGUAUAUGCCACAAUGAUUCAGAUCCUCAGGAUAAUGUGCCUAAUGAAAGGACGCAUCUUCUUGAGGUCCCCGAGCAGCACCAGGAAACACCAUCUCCAACCAUGUGUGCUUCUACACCGCCUCGAAAACCAGAUGAGCAAAGUGCUCUAAAUAGGAUACUACAUGAGACUGCUACUAAUGUAAUAGAUGUGGGUGCUCUAGGCCCGUACUCGCUAGAAGCUAAUGCAUAUAGUGAAAGAGUGAGAGCCUACACAGCCCGAGCAGCCUCAGCAGCACUACCUCCUCCGAUGCCUGUAAAAUUAUUAGUUGAUGUUCCACCGACCAUUUCCAAAGUAAUUCUCAAUGGCCCACCACCAGAUUGUGCAGAUAAGGAGCUGAUAACGAAUGCAGUGAAGAAGGCCGCAGCAGCCAUCUCCGAACUGAGGGUGGAACAUCAUGAAGACUUGGUGGUGCCCUUCAGAGUGCCAUAGCGCAGGAAUGGGGCUUCGAUGUCUGACGACGCCCCUGACGUAUAGACUGAUGUCUGAUGAUUUAUUAACGUACUAUAAGCUUCAAAUAACUAAUUAAUGUUUUUUUUUUAAAUUUUAAUUACAUUACAAAUAUUUUUUUUAAAUUAUAAAGUAGAUUUGUAUUUUUGUAAUGAACUCCAAAACUACUGAACCGAUUUUAAUAUUAGAUCUGAACUUCCUAUUUAUAUUAAGUAUGCAGUUUAUUCCAAUUUAACUAAUUAUUGCUUAUAGUAUGUUAUAUACAUUGUUAAGAGCUUGAAGCUUCAUUAAUCCUUAUUAAAUGUAUACAGGGUGUAACUCAUAGUUGAAAAAACGUUUACUUUGUAAUGGAUAAAUAUCAAUUUAAUUCAAAAAUUUGUAGACAAAUGCGAGUCUAUUGAAUUGUUAUAGCGCCAUCUAUCGCUAAAAACUUGGCACUGUAUAUGUUGUGUAGGGUUUUAAAGUUAUUACAUUUGUACUUUUACUUUGCAGAAGUCUCUAGGUACUCUGUGCAAAUUGGAAAUAAAGACAUACAGUAAUAUAUGUUGCAGCCAACUAGCUGAAUAAGGCGUUCAAUUAUGAGCCUAGCCGUUUAACUAACUUCCUGAAAUAUGUUCAGCCAGUUGAUGUAUGGUUGAACACCGAACUUAAUUAAAUUUCAGACCCUUAUUGAAAUUGAAAAUGUGCCCGGCCAAAAAGGUUUGUAAUCUCUGACAUGUCAGAAAUGAAACCUGUCAGAAAUUCUACCAAAUUAAAAAUGAGAGAUGGCUAUAGGCUGUUAAUUGAACGGCUAAUUAAGCUAGCGACAUACAUUUUACAACAAAAGAAAUUUUUUGCGAGGGUU